AACAUCAGGAAAAAAUAUUUCUGUAUUUUUCGGUUUAUAUCAUUUUUUUUUAAAUAAUGGAUGUGGACCUCUUGAGACCGGGAACUGUCCCAAUUUCUCCUGAUACGAUUUUGUGGUUCGAGUUUCUUUUAAAUCCUUCUUUAUUAGAAAAGCACGUUUCCAAACCUUCACCAGAUCCUUCACCGACGGAUUUAAUUAUCAAAUUUAUGACAAUAAACAAUGAACAGAAGGAUACUGAAGUAAAAAUAAUCGAAAGCGAAUCCAACGAUGCGAUUGGAAAUUUACCUCCCAAUUGGUCGCACAAAAAUCUCGCUCUGAAAAUUCUCUCAUUGAAAAUAGCAGCUUUUCUUAGAUGGGAUUUGGAUAUUAUAGAGAAAAAAUUACCUCUACCUAUUCAAGUAAAUUUACUUCAAGAUUUAUUUUUUAUUACUACGGAUGCAAUCGUUGAAAUUCCUGGAGUUCCUGAUUAUCCCUUAAACAAUAUGUCGGAACAACUUUUGUUCACAAUUGUCCUUUAUCACAGAUGGCAUUUAAGAGCAAUUACUUAUAGAGCUUUGAACAGUAGGCAAGCGAAACAACAAUUUCCUCACAUUCCAGGAAUUCAGGAUCCAACGUACAUUCCUCCCGGGUUAACUGAUGAAAUAAUAAGAAAAUUAGAAGGAAAUGUUAUGAAUAGUUUGAACACUCUAAAUGCUGUUCUUCAAUUGGAAGAUUUAAAACCGAAAGUAUUGACUUUAGACACGUUUCAAAUGCUGACCGAAGAUAGUACAGAAAUAAAACAGAAUUGGGAAAAUAUGAUCAGCAUCACAGCCGAAGAAUUCAAGUGUCAGCUGCACUAUGACCUGGCAAUCUUUUACAUUCUGCGAGAGGAAUAUCAAAAUGCGAAACAUCACAUAUCCCAAGCAAAUGAAUUCUUCCGAAAAUUGGAAACGCCAGAUAAAUUGCUCUACUGCAGAGUUCGAAAGGAAUAUUUGGAAGGUUGUUGUCUCGCUUGCCAAGUUCCAGUCGAAGGUCUCAAACCAAGUCUCACUCUGCAACUGCUUGCUUCAAUUAAAGAUCAAUAUACGAAUAUAAUUCAAAUCCUUCAAGCCGACAAUAUAGCCCGGGAAAUUCCUCAAGUUUACAGGGACAACUUAGAGCUGGAUGUUCGAGGGGGGAUGAUCAACAGGAAAAUCAUUGUGGCUCGCGAUCUUUUAUUGCAAAUCCAGUGUCUUAAUUUGGUUCGAAAGAUUUUGGAAAAUGAAGUGAUUCUCGGUGAUUAUGUGACUGAUAUCAAGGCUGCUGGAUUAAGAGGACUCGACGUUUUAUUCUCGGCUAUUGAUAGUGUCUUGGGAUCCAUAUCUGAAAUUGACAAAAAGCGAAUCGCUCACUACCUUUUGUAUCUUAUUCUAACCGGGGAGAUCGAUUCACUGGCAACCAGAAUACUUAACAAUGCAAGGUACAUGAGCCUCUUUGAUGAAAGAGAACUUGGCGAAAUCAAGAAAGAAGCUUCUUUUAAUGAUCUUGAAAUUCCAGCUUUGUUGUUAAGUAACGACUGGGGAGUGCCUUCUGUGACUUACACUAAAAGUUUAAGAUUUGAAAUUUUCGACCUGGAGCAGCGUCUCAUUUUAUCUUACUGCCCGCUCGAAAUUAGAGAGACUCUGAUUCAUCUGGAUAGAAUGAAUUCAUCGAGAUCUCUUUGGAAGGUAAACGGUAGCUGGGAGUUGCCGAUUCCUCUUCAAAGUGUUGUGAUAUCUCUCGCCCGAGGAUUUCUUCAAGAUUAUUCAUACAUCCUGCUCGCAAAGAGUCGAGAAUUAGCAUUAGGCAAAGAUUUUGAUAGAGCGAAAGAACUUCUAACUGUACUAGAAGCAGAAGUUUCACAUCACAAUGGAAAUCUGACUUUCAAGCUUUGCAGAUUAAUCAGUUGGGAGAUUCUGCUUAUUGAAAUUUGGCAUUGCUUGCACAAUUGGCCUGGCACCAAUAUCUGUAAUGCGCAAUCGUUGGUAGAACGGACAAAACUCUGCCUGGCGGCUUUGCAGUCCACGGAUCAAGUUAUUCCUCGACAGGAAAUAAUAGAAUUCUGUACAGUUUUUCUUUUGAACAUGGCUGAGUGGGAUUACCUAACGACUCUCGAAAAGAGAUGGAGUUAUUCCGAAUUCGCGGCGGCUAUUAGUACCGUUUGUCAGGACGUGAUAAAAUACAAAGGGGGAAGAAAGCUUCCCAGAGAAGCUUGGGAUAUGCUUUUAAUAGCUUUCGCACCAAACAGAGAUCCCCCACAGAAAAGGAGCGGAGGCAGCAGUUCUGGAAGUACAAGUUCUUCCAGGGACUCCAUGGCUGGAAUAAUAGGAACCUUGAGCAGACUACGAGAGCCGACAGCACUUUCCGUGAUGAUUUCGCUCCUUGCUCGACUCCACAAUGUUUUACGUGACGAAUCGAGUUUGGAACUUAAUACCCAGUACCUUGCACUUUGGCCUGCGAGUAUUCCAAAUUCGAACUCCUACAAUAUCAGAAACAUAGGAGAAAUUCUUUUCCAGUUGUUGACCCAGGCACUCAAAUAUUAUCCGAGCAACGUUCCAUGGUUGAAGUUAAUGGGAGAUCUCAACUUCGUGCUGGGAUUUCACGACAGUGCCAUGAAAUUUUAUCUGAAAGCAAUCAUGGUUUCGAGUGACUUGUUCACUCAGCCAGUUCCUCGUAUGCAAAUAGAGGAUUUUGUCUACCGAAGAAUGAUAAAGUGCUGUGCACAUUUGCAGUGCUAUACACAAGCAGCUGUACUUUGCCAAUUUUUGGAAGAAGUGGAUUAUUCCCUUGCUUUUAAAAUGGCAGCUAGUGACCAAAAAAGUUGCGCACCUGCGGACGCGAUGGAUGCGUAUUAUCACUGCAUUUGGGACACGACGAUACUCGAGUACCUGAUUCAAUUGCACACGAAACGAGGCGAACAUCACAGAAAGCAACUGGCGAUCAAGGUGAUUGGCUUGCUGGAACUCAACUCAAACAACAAUGAAGAAAUACAGAGAGAAGCAGCGAAUACUCGAAAAGCGAAGUUUCUGAGAGCGCUCUCGAAACAAUACGUUUAUUAGUUGUCCCAAAAUUGUAUUACUUCUUCUCUACAUUACUUAAUGAGAUAUAAUUUUUAUUUAUUAGAUUUGCCAAUGUAAAUAUCAAAGAAAUUUUUUAUUAAAAUUCA